AAACUCACAACUUAAACAUGUACACCAAGGUCGUCAUCUUCAUGUGCGCGGCGGGCAUCGCCUCCGCUGGCAACUUGCUCCAUGCCCCAGUAGCGUACAGCGCAGCGCCCGCUGUAUCCUCCGUUUCGUACUCGACCCACGCUGCACCGAUCACAUACGCCGCCGCACCCGCUCUCACCACAUACGCCGCUUCUCCUGUCAUCGCCAAGACUCUAGCCCCAUCCGUCUCUUACCAAUCUAUUUCCACCCACUCCGCCCCGGCUCUCUACGCUAAAACAAUCGCAGCACCUGCUGUUGCCACUUACGCCGCUCCCGUACUUUCAAAGACCAUUACUCCAGCUGUCUCUUACUCAUCUGUAGCACACAGCCCCGUGUACGCUGCCAGCCCAUUGGUUGCCAAAACUUACGCUGCGCCUGUUAUCGCUAAAUCCUACACUCCUGCCGUAUCUUACUCCUCGGUGUCCUCUCACUCUGCUCCAGUCGCAUACUCCGCUCCUCUAGUGACCAAGGCAAUUGCAACCCCAGCUGUUGCGACUUAUGCUGCGGCUCCUGCCUACUCCGCGUACUCUACGGUUCCCGCGCUGAAGACCGCCGUCACUUACUCUGCCGCACCCGCCGUCUCCCACGUCACCUACACCGGUCUCGGCGCUAGCUACGGCUGGUAAACUACCAAAGCUUAUGUUACUUAUUUAUUGAACAAAUCCGAAAAUGUCAGCUUAUGGUGAAUAUUGUUUUUACGUGAUGUAAUAAAAGUAUUCAUACAACA